AUGGGCUGUACUACAAGUAUUGAAGCCAAUGAUGGAGAAUACCACGAAAUGAUGCAGAAUAGCCAAGUGGAGAAAAUAUUGAAAGCCAGCAAACAACAGAAAAAAAACCAAGUCAAACUUCUUUUACUUGGAGCAGGAGAAAGUGGAAAGUCUACGGUUUUGAAGCAGUUACGUUUACUUCAUAAAGGAGGAUUUACCGAACAGGAAAGAAUCCAGUAUAAAAAUAUUACAUGGGCAGAUACUAUUGGAUCUAUGCAAACACUGAUCAUUCAAGCCAGAAAGCUUGGUAUUAAGUUGGAUUGUGAUAAACCUUCUUCAUAUUUGUAUAGUGAUAAGCAGAAGAUCCUUGGCUAUAAGCCUUUAGAAGGAGUUAAUACUUCAGCUGCAGGAGGAGCUGCUUUUCUAAAGGACUUUGUGCUCAAGUACAGUGAAAGUAGUGCACAUACAAGAAAGUUUAAAAGUACGGGAAAGGCCAAUGCUGGUUGGAAUGAAGAAAUGGAUGGUGUAGAUGGAGAAUUGUUUGAUGGUAGCAGCAAUGCCACUAGUAAUACUGGAGAAAGUCGGGGUACAGCGGAUGAAGAUCUAGAUAGUGAUUCACUGUUAAAGGAUUAUCUUCAAGAGGUGAAUGGAUCAGUGCAUAAGAAUAAAAGUCAUAAGAAGCACUACACCAAGCUAGAAAUAGCAGAAGCGAUCGGGAAGCUUUGGCAAGGAGAUGAAGGUAUUAAGAAAUGCUUCUCCAAAUCGAACCUAUUCCAAAUCGAGGGAUCGGCUCCAUACUUUUUUCCAAAAGCAGGAGAUUAUGCAUCCAGUGAAUACACCUGUACAGAUGAGGAUAUAUUGAAAGGUCGAAUUAAAACUACAGGUAUCACAGAGACAAACUUUAAUAUCGAUGGUAUAAAAUUCAAAAUCUUGGAUGCUGGUGGUCAGAGAUCGGAAAGAAAAAAGUGGAUGCACUGUUUCCAAGACAUUACAUGUACCUGCUUUGUCUUGGCAGUUUCCGAAUACGACCAGGUUCUUUUUGAAGACGAAAGGGUAAAUCGAAUGCAUGAAGCGAUUAUGUUAUUUGAGUCUUUAUGCAAUUCCCGGUGGUUUGCCAAUACACCAUUUAUUCUUUUUCUUAACAAGGUGGAUCUAUUAAAGGAUAAAGUGAGGCGAUCUCCACUUCGAAAGUAUUUUCCUGACUACGAUGGAAAGAGUAAUGAUGUGGAGGAUGUCCUCCAGUAUUUUGAGAAACUCUUUCUUAGCCUCAAUCACACCAAUAAGCCAAUAUACGUGCAUAGAACAUGUGCAACUGACUCCAAGUCAAUGCAGUUUGUUCUUACAGCAGUUACAGAUAUGUUGAUUAAUCAGAAUUUGAAGAGCAGUGGAAUAUUUUGA